AGCGAAGAGGGUGAGGCCAGAUAAUUAAACGCAUUUGGCUCUUUGCACGCAACCUGUCAUCUAGCGCCUACACGUGGCGAAUGUUUUUACUGCUUAUUUGGCUUCAUCAUUGAAGACGCGCGGCUGUUUGUUUUUCGAAGAUUCAUCAUGGCAAUGCAUGCAAAAGCGACACCACCACAGAUUCCCGACACACGUCGGGAACUCUCGGAGCUGGUCAAGAGGAAACAAGAACUUGCGGAGACGUUGGUGAACUUGGAGCGACAGAUCUAUGCAUUUGAGGGCAGCUACUUGGAAGAUACCCAGAUGUAUGGGAACAUCAUCAGAGGAUGGGACAGAUAUCUCACCAACCAAAAAAAUUCCAACAGCAAGACGGAUAGAAGAAACCGAAAGUUCAAGGAGGCAGAGCGUCUGUUCAGCAAGUCCUCUGUCACUUCUGUAGCAGCUGUCUGUGCACUCGGUGGGAUACCAGAUCACAUGAAUGAAAAGCAGAGCGACACGUCCCCAGACCUCCAGAACCAGGAGAAUGAGCCCAGUCAGGAGGACACAGAGGAUGCAGAUGGGGCCCUGCAGGACCUCAAACCUCAGAAGGCUGCAUCCUCUUCCUCAGGCAGUCACCAUGGAAGCCACAAGAAGAGGAAGAACAAAAACAGACACAGCCCUUCUGCCAUGUUUGAUUAUGACUUUGAGUCAAGUUCCCCUAAUCCAGUUAUGAAAAAAGCUGCUCUUCCUGCCAAAAUGAGAUGGGGAGGUCAAAGAUUUGACAUGAAAGUGAACAAAAAACCCAGAGUGGAUUAUUCGACUUGAUCAAGUGGCCAGACAAAGGUCUAUGGUGAAGCAGAGAGCCCCUCUGAACUUUAACUGUCUUUAUUGUGUACAUUGCAUGAAACAUUGCCUCUCACUUGCUAUCAGAAAUAUUUCUGUUUCACGAUUUUCCUGCAGACAAGGUGUGUUAUUGCAUGUUACUCAAGACGCAGGUGGGGGUUGGAUAACACCUUAUUGUAUAGGGUUGAAAAUGCACUAUUUAUUAUGUAACUCCCACCAUUUUUCUUUUGUUUGUUUUACUUCGUAUUAGUCAUUGUGUAGUUUUGUAGCUCUAGAAUAUCCCAGCUUCUUUUUAAUAUUUUUUUUUUUUUUUGAUGUUUUGCAUAAGAUUGUAAUAAAACAAUACAUUUGUUUAUUGCAAUUUGUUUAUUGCUAAAAUCUACUCUUCAGUAAAACAUUAGUCACCAUCUGUCUUUACCCUGUAUUUUUCAGUAAUAAUACAGCAGGAAAAUCAACACAGAAGCUAGUUUAUUAUCAUCAGAUUUCCCCUUGUCUGACAGCAAUUACUGCCUGGUUUCUUUGUGGUGUCUUCAUGGCUCAUUUACGUACCAAUUACAGGCCAAUGAGCUCAGACGAGCCUCGGGAUCCUAGGAUGUCUCCCAAGUCCUCCCCUCUUGGAUCAGUCCUAAAUAGCAUCACCAUUACCUUUUAUAGUGCACUACUUUUGACCAAGGCCAAUAGGGCUCUGGUCAAAAGUAGUGCUCUAUAUAGGGAUUAGGGUCCCAUUUUGGACGUAACCAUUCACAUUUGUCAGUAAUUCCCUCAUCCCAGAGAAGAUGUGUAGUCGGUGAGAUUCUGGAAAUGUUAUCAAAACAAUGUUCACAUUCAAACAGGCAUUCCUGUGGGGCAGUUCUCAUCGACUGAGUUUGUUUUAUGAAAAUAGUGACAGUUUGAGUGAACCAGGUGACAACACAAUGACAGCCUAUCCCAUGCUAUUUCUAGAAUGUUCCCUUGUUUAUAAAGAUCAAACAUGAUGCGUACUGCAUAGUAUUGAAACAGGUUGGUGAAUACAGACUCCUGUUUUGAAAUGCAGGAUGAAAAGAUAGUAGUAGUAACCUUUUUAAAGUAGAUAUGCAGGUUUGUUAGUGAAUGUUCUUGUACUGCCAUUGUGCAACACCACAUUUGUUCACUAGGUAGCGCUACUUCAUAAUGCAUGUUCAAAAGACCUCAAAGAAUUGCCUUAACUGCCUUUCAACCACAGGAUUUCCAUAUCAUAACCAAAAAGUAUUUUCCCUGUUCCACAUUUGGCUACUAUGAGUCAUAAGUGUUUAAAUCUGCCAUCAACCUAUCAAAUGUAUGGUUCAUGCUGUUCUUAAAUUCUAUGUAUUGCCUAAGAUAUUAUUGAUUAGGGUGUCCUCACACCAAUAUUCUGCCAUGUCAACUGUAUUAUGCCAUCAUGGCACACCCUGCACUUCAAAGUCCUUUGUUACCACAGCUUCUGGGCUUGGCUCACGGGUCUCUAUGUAUCCCAAAUGACACCCUAUUCCCUAUUUACUGCACUACUUUUGAUCAGAACCUAUAUGGAUCUUGUCAAAAGUAGUGCACCACAUAAGGAAAAGGGUGCCAUUUGGGACAGCCUGUACCACCUCAGUCUUGACUCAGAACAGUGUUCAAGUCAUAUACAGUAUCCCUCAGUUCUGUCAUGUGCAGUACAUCAGUGAGGUUAGUCAGAACACUGACCCAUUAGGAUGUAGUGACUUCCACGUUAGUCACAGGCUGAGUCCCCAAUGGCACUCUAAUCCCUACAUAGUGCACUACUUUUGACCAAAGCCUUAUGAGCCCUGGUCAAAAGUAGUUGCCCUAUAUAGGGAAUAGUGUGCCAUUUUGGGGCAUGGUCUGAAUGGUUUCAAGCAUCAUCUCUCUGGAGACACCCAGGCAAAGCUAAACUGCUGACAUUAAUGAUGGAGAGGCUGUCUGGAAUAAAUCAAUCCCUAGAAUGCA